AAAAUCCGCUACGAGUCAGUGGAGGAUGAUACAGCCGAGGACACAAAGCGGACGCCGAACCGCGUAGCAGCAUUUUAUUUUACUUUUUUAAAUAAAACUCCUCUGUCCUUUAAGCUAGCUGCCGGCUAACGACACUUCACAUGCGAAGCUGCCGCCGGACAAAUGUUAUAGUUUAAAGCCACUUUCACUGCCGCGUUUUAUCUCCAAAUUUCAGCCGGAGACGGAGCCGACUCUCGGCCAAGUUUGGACACUUAGGGCAGGGUGCUGUCCUGUGUGAUGGAUGACGGCCAAGAGCAGGACCAGUACGAGGAGCGCCUGAAAGAAGUUUUUAACAGUUUUGACGCCAGCGGUUGCGGCUCUUUGUGCCCGGAGGAGCUCUCCGAUCUCUGCCAGUCCCUUCACCUGGAUGAUGCCACGCCAGCUCUCCUCCAAGCGCUGCUGCAGAACCAGGACCGCCUCACUGCCAGAGUUGACUUUGACCAGUUCAAGAAUGCACUUAUUCUGGUUUUGUCGUCAACCAUCGAGGCACCGCAAGCAGAACCGGAACUGUUGCCAAAACCAGAGUCUCCUGAGAUCCAACCAAAGUUCGUGAAGGGCAGCAAACGCUACGGGCGCCGCUCCACACCGGAGUUCAUAGAGCCUGUUUCGGACUUGUCUGAAGUUCCGAAUAUAAGCCCGGCUGACGGCGAGGAUUUGGAGGACAGCUAUGACUCAGCCGUUCCCAGGAAGCGUGAGCGCUGGAACGCUCACGAAACGAGCACAGAGGAGUAUGAAGCUGAAGGUCAGAUGCAUCUGUGGAACCCCGAUGAGCCGAGCACUCCUCGGGGAUCCGGCGGUUCUGUGUCGACCCGUUUAGAGGAGCGGCUGCGUGAAGCCUGCGAAGAUUUGGCGAUAACGUGGGACGGAUGUGCCGGUCACACCGAACUACUCGCUCUCUGUGAACAUGUCGGCCUGGAGAUUACCGGGGAUACACUUCUGAGUCUGACCGGCGAUGGAGUGAUGAAUGUUCAGGAGUUUGUUUCCAGGGUUGUAAACCACAGCAAACCUCCCACCCCCUCCGCCUCCACGCCCUACAGACAGCUGAAACGACUUCACUCCACUCAGCCCUUUGAUGAGGGAGGCCGGAGGAUAGCGACCCCGUCUGCUUUAACCAGCAGCAUCGGCAUGCGGCUCUUCUCCACCCUGGAUGAUGGUACCGGCUACACUCCGGUCGAAUGCAUCCUGGAUGCCUGGAUAGAUGAAGGAAUAGAAAACAGCACUGAGAUCCUGCAGGCUUUGAAUUUCAGCCUCGAUGGAAAGCUGAGUCUUAGCGAUCUCACCAUGGCACUUGAAAACGAGCUGCUGGUUACCAAGAAUGGGAUUCACCAAGCGGCGCUGGCGAGCUUCAAAGCUGAGAUCAGAUAUCUCCUAGAGCGUGUGGACCGAGAAAUCAGGGAGAAAGAGAAAAUCCGAUCAGACCUGGAGAAAGCAGAGAAGCUGAAAACUCAGCUGGCCACUGAGGUGGAUGAGCAUCACUCUGCAAUAGAGCAGAUGAAUAACCUCAACCUGAGGAAGCUCGAACAGGACCACAAAGAGAAGCUGGCAGCGGUGCGAUCGGAGCUGAUGAAUGAAAUGGAUCAGAUCCAGCAGCAGGCCGGCCUGCAGCGAGAAGAACUGGAGGCAGAGAUCGAGAAGAUCAGGGAGGAUGAGUCUUUUCUCAGAGACCAUCUUUCCAUCGCAGUCAAGGAUAACAGGCGUCUUGAAACAGAGUUACUGGACGGCAAUGAGAAGCUCGUGGAGGCUCAAGGCCAAAUUACCAAACUCCAGACAAGUUUGGACAACCUCAUGAAAGACAAGUUUGGAGAUCUGGACCCUGGAACUGCAGAUUUCUUUCUCCAAGAGGAACGCAUUAAACAGCUACGCAGCAGCUACGAAGCACAGUGCAGGGAGCUGCAGGAUCGUAUUGACGAGCUGCAGUCAGAGCUGCAGGAGUUCCACAGUCUUGGUCAAACUAAUCAGCUCUGCCACAAACCUCUGUCUGAGGAGCUGGAGAGUAAAAGCCCCGGCAUGGAGUCCGACCCAGGUAUCGGUUCAGAGGAGGUUCAGCCUUUCAGCAUGAGCCUCGAAGCAGAGAUGAUGCUGGAGCAGCUGAAGGAGCAGCACCUUCAAGAAGUGGAGGAUUUGCGAAACCAGCUGGAAAGAAAGGCCAAUGAAUUUGACACUAUGGUAGAAACACAGAGGUCGACCCACAAGGACCAGAAAGCUGCCCUGACCCUCCAGUUCCAGCAGGAGAUCCAGGCCUUGAAGGAGGAGAUGGCCGGCGUUCAGAGCCGAGCGCAGGAGCUCCAGAACCAGCUCGAGCACGCGGAUCUGGAGCGGUCCUGUCUGGAGGAGAAGCAGGCCAAAGAACGGGAGGAGGUCGAGAACCUGCAGGAAGAGGAGGUGGGAAACCUGAGACGGACGCUGCUGGAGGCCCAAAUCUACACUAGAGACCUGGAGGAGCAGCUGAAGAACCUGGAAGCCCAGCAGGCAGAACUAGAUGAGAACCUCGUCACUGAGAUGGAGGAGCUGAGGAAACAACAUGCCAGUGCUGUUAAGAAGCUGAAGGAGGAGCAUGCAGAGCUGUUUGAAGCCGGCCUUGCAGAGGAGAGAAAGAAACUGCAGGAGGAAAAGGCCGAGCUGGAGAACAGAUUGUUAGACGACUGGGAAGCGGAGAAGAAGCAGUUGCAGGAAAGCCACGAGGACGAACUGAAGGCUAAACUAGAGGAGGUGAAGCUGAGGUUUGAGGAGGAGCGUGAAGAAAUGGUGAAGGGCCUGACGGAGCAGUGGCAGAAAGAGAGGGCUCGGCUGGAUGAGCAGAAUAAUGAGUCUCUGCAGAUGCUGCUGGAGGAGGAGAUGUUGAAACUCAUCAGGGAGCAAGAGGAGAAAGAAAGCAAGCUGAGGGAGCAGUGGGAGAAAGAACGAUCUCAGCUUCAGCAGCUUCACGAGGAGGUCCUGCUCGAUAGGGUGCUGGAAGAAAGGUUGCAGUUACAGGAGCAGUUUGAGCAGAGGGAGAAGAAGGUGAAGGAGGAGUGGGAGAGGGAGAGACUGCAGCUGGAGGAGGACUACGAAGGGAUGAUCCAGGACCGGCUGAACGAGGAGAAGGAGAAGCUGCAGUCUGAGAAGGAGGAGGCGGAGAAGAAACUGGAGCAGCUGAUGGAGGAGGAGAAGGUUCAGCUGGAGGAGAAACAUCAGGAGGCUAUAAAGGAGCUGAGAGUCAAACAUGCCGAGGAGAGGGACACUCUGAGCGCCACGUUGGACAAACUACGAAACGACAUCGCCCAGGAGAGAUCUGAAGCCAGUCGUCUCGCUGAAGAAAACGUCAUCCUCAGGCAAAAAAUUGCUGCGCUGAAGGAAGAGGACUUGAAAGAGGCCCAGGACGAGUUAACACAAACACUAGGGUACUUGAACGACGAGAAGUUUGAAGCUCACAAAGCAGCAGAGAUUUUCAAGAAGCAGAUUUCAGAGCUGCAGGAUGAGAAUGGGAUUCUGUCGGAGGAGAACACCCAAAGCAUUGCUGAAAUGGAGAGUCUACGACAGCAGCUGGAAGAGCUGAUAAAGGAAAACGAGAGGAGGGAGGCAUUCCCGGCUGAAGAGAGAAACAAGAUGGCAGCUUGUGUGUUUGCUCUGGAGGCAGAGUUGACCAAAGCUCUGGAGGACACUGCACAGCUGGAGGAGAGGAAUAUCCAGCUGUCACAGCAGCUGUCCGACCUCAGAGAGAAGGCAGCUAAGGUGGACGCUAUGGAGAAUCAGAUCAGUCAUCUCGUAGAGGAGCAGAAGAUUGUGGAUAAAGAGACUGUAGGCCUCCGCAACCAGCUAGCGAAAGCUCAGGAGAAGGUCAGGACAGCAGAUGAAACUCUUCAGGCCGUCAACCAUCAAAGUGCUCGUCUGAAGUCGGACCUUCGCGUUUUGCAGCAGGACAAGGAUUCCCUCAAACAUGAAGUUGCAGUUUUGCACAAACAGCUGCAGAACAUGAACGAAAAAAACCAGAUUCUGGAGAUGGCCUUGCACUCCAGCGGGCUGCAGAAUCAGAGCAAGAAGCUGUACAGAGACGAGAUGUCUCGACUGAAGGAGCACGAACAGCAGCUGCUCAGGCAGGAGAACGAGAGCCUUCAGGCUGAAGUACACAGCAUCAAAGGCGACCUGGUCCAGGCCAGAGAAAAGGUCCGUCAGCUCGAUGCCACCAUCCUGUCCCUGAAGCAGCACAAACAGCAGAGCCAGUCAUCCCUGGUGAAGACCUUGGAGCAGGAGAACGUCUCUUUGAAACAGGAGCUGGAAGCACAAAAGGAGCUGAACAAGGGCUGUGAAGCCGGACAAAGACACUCACAGCUGGAGGGUCUUCAGCAGGAAAACGAGGUGCUCAAAGCCCGUAUGUCUCAAAUGUCAACACAGCUGAUGGAGUCGCUUCAGGCUCAUUUCGUUGGACUCCUACCUCCGUCUCCUCACAGGAUCCCGAGAGGACAACACCGUGGCGAAGAUCCGGACAACAUGCAGCAGGACGAAAGGGAGAAGAAGAUGAAGAUCAUGGAGGAGAGAAUGAGGGAAAUCGAACUGUCGCUGCACAACGUCAAGCUGCUGCUGAAAGAGAAGGUCGCUCAGCUGAAAGACCAGCUGCACAAGAAUGGCAAAGCCGACGUCCUGAUCAGUGAUCUGUACGUGGAGAACGCUGAGCUGCUGCAGGCUCUGGAGAUCACCAAGCAGCGGCAGAAGAUCGCAGAGAAGAAGAACUACCUGCUGGAGGAGAAGAUCUCCAGCCUCAACAAGAUAGUGCGUGAUCUGAACCCGGCACCUCUCCCAUCGCUACCUUACCACUACAAAUGUCCAUGAAGAGUCUCAUGGAACACUCGUGAAAGUCAGCCAUACAUUGCACUGUUUGCUACUGAAAACUCGUGUUGCUGCUUGGAGUCUUUGUGCCAACAGAUUGAGCCAAAUGCACAAGAACUGGCAGGUUUUGAAUAUGCAGUGUUCGUUUUAUUCUAAGUAAUAUUUAUCUGGACCUAUGAAGAACCAAAUGUGAGGUCAGACUGUAAAGAAGAGCUUGUAUUUUACAGUAAUUUAUAUUUUUCAAUAAUUAUUUGUCAGUGUUACCAAUCAGUGAGUAAACAUUUUACCAUGACAAAUACAUGUAUGUGUGUAAAGAGAACAGCAAACUGAAGUGUACUUUUUAAAUAAGUGUUCUUUUUUCUGUUGUUUAAGAGAUUAACUGUGUUCGUCUGUGUGUCUUUCACUUCUCAAGCCUUUAUGUAAAGACGAAACCCAUCUGUUGGCACUAAAAUCGUGUGAACACAAAAUACUUUGAUGACCUUUUCAAAGGUUUUGUCCGACACUACCUGAAGAUUUUAAAAUGACUGUGGCAAUAUUAAACUUUUACAUGUAAUCCUAUGACCUGUUGCAAUAUGUAAAGCUGAAUUUGAAGACAUUAUGCUGCAUUAUGAAUGUUUUUUUUGUUUUUUUAGUUCAAAUGAAGGAGCUCGUGUUUGGAACUGCACUAAAGUUGAAACAGGGUGAUGUUUGUGUUGCAGGUAUCAAUAAAAUAAAUGGAUGGUG